UUAAACAGUACAUCUUCUUGCCGGGACAGGAGAACACGUUCAAAUCAAUUGAUUUUCCGAAUUAACGGUGCUGAAAUUAACACGCUUUCACUGUUCUGUUAAGUUGUUUACUGCUUGUGUUAUGCAUAACAAUAUAGAGUAGAAAACAUGCACAAAUGACUUGAAAGUACUGGGUAUGGCGAAUGUCUCGCCAGCCAUCAAAAACCGUGAGGCGUAGUCUCUUUGUUUGUGCAUGCGCCAUUUUAAACAAAUUGGAUGCUAAGAGUACGACGACACAGUCAAAAGCUAAACAAUAUUCCGUCAAGCUUACAUUGUUCUGUCAGCACCUUUGUGAACUCGACUAAUGUCGUUUAUCUUGAUCCCUAACUUGCCAUUUGAUCCUCAUUUCAUAUUCCUCUCAGGUAAAGAAUGGAAGAUGGUACGGAGUGUUUUGAACCCAACCUUCUCCCAUGCGAAAAUGCGGAUGAUAUCACGUAUCAUCGAUGACUGUACUAACACUACAGUAGAGAUCCUGGACCAACGAAUUGCCUCGAGCGCGGGGGAUGUGGAUAUCUCCGCUAUGGCUCAAGGGCUCACCAUGGACACUAUCACGAAAUCAAUUCUUGGUUGGAAGUGCGAGUAUCAGCGAAAUCCAGAGGACCCCUUCCUCACGAGUUUAAGGGAGACUAUGAUAGGCGCAGACAAUCCCAUCAUGGACGUCACCGUGGCUCUUCCUGCCAUACGGUGGUUCCUCGCGCCGAUCCUUCCACACACGCACUACGGAAAGAUGUUCAUCUGCGUUACCGAGAGCGUGCGUGAAGUGAUCAAAGCGCGACGGCUUCUGGAGGACGAAAAUCGGGAAAAGGAAUCUCGCGCAGUGGAUAUGCUUCAGCUCAUGCUGGACGCGCGGCACAAAAGCAACGCUAAGAACGACAACAGCUGCAGCGACCGCCUGUCCAUGACGGACCAGCACGUGGUGUCCAACUGUUUUAUCGCUUUGGGUGGUGGCUUUGAGACGACGUCGCUUACACUGGCGUUGCUCCUGGACGAGCUGGCUAGAAACCCGGAAGAGCAGCAGAAACUGUACGCAGAGCUUUCGUCUGCGUUACCGGGUGACGUAACCCCGGAGGUCCUGUUCGACAAGUUGCAGAAUCUCAAAAGGCUCGAGAUGGUAAUCAAUGAAGGUUUGCGCAAGUACCCGCCGCUGGUGUUCUUCACCGCAAGAAUGUGUUACCGGGACACCGAGCUCGCUGGAAAGAUCAUACCGGGAGGGACGCGCCUGAUAGUGCCAACGUGGAAUAUUCACCGGAAUCCAGAUCUUUGGCCGAACCCGGAUAGGUUCAUCCCGGAUCGGUUCUCAGAAGGCUGGGAGAAAGAGAAGCAUCCCGCCUCCUACGUACCAUUUGGAAUGGGACCACGCGAGUGCAUUGGAAAGAAGUUCGCGCUGUUGGAACUUAAGAUGGCAAUUUUUAAACUGGUGCGACGAUAUGAGUUUAGCCUCAGCCCUCAGAGUGCAAGCGCUCUCAAAUUUGAAGUUCCCUUGAUAUCUAUCAACCCCGUUAACAAUAUUGUGCUUCACGUUAAACGUAGGUGCACUUAGCGCCUCACAGGUGCCUCCCAUCUUCUAUUAUGCCGCGUGAUCCUGGAAAAAGCCGCGUCAAAUAAAUUUUUCGGGUUUGCAAUCGCGCAGGCGCCGGCAUUUGUAAACCCAACGCGCCUGGCAAUAAUCAAAUAUUUUAUUUAAAUGCCGGCGCAGUUAUCAACUAGAAAGUGUCACAAUGCUAAAAAGCAACUCCUGGACCUUUUACUCUGUAGACUCCACUUACCUGCAGUUUUUUCUUUGUUUCCACUUUUAUGUAAAAAAAACUCCACAAUCAGUGGAAUGUAUCUAAAAAAACUGCAAUGGGCACAGAGAUGGGGAUUGGCACACACAACGACGUAGCGGCAUUCAGCUUAUAAUUCUCGCAGUUUAUCUUGCAAGCCCGCCCACUGACGGGAGCCUAUUAGCACUAUAAGUGUCUCCAAUACCCACGUCAACACCGGCAACUCGAUCUUGUCUGUUCUGAGAGUGAUCAAUUAUGUCUAUAACGUGGCACAUUCACUGCAGGCUCUAUGUAGAACUGCCGUGAGAAAAGGUGCAAUACGGGUGAACUAUUGUUUUACGGCCGCCGUAAUAUACGGGUAUACAAUGCCACGCAAGAGAGGGCAGAUCACGACGAUUCUGCUUGUGGCCACUACACUGCUGUGAGGCUUGUUUGCUUGGUCGUCCGUGUUGUCUGUGCGUAUAUUGUAAGUGAACUGUAAAUAAAGUACCUUGCUUCCC